GUUGUCGUGCGGCAACAAUGAUACCGAAUAGCUAUCAAUUCAAUGCUUUGUUGCUGUUGUUUUUUUUUGUUUCAUUUUCUUUGUAGCCAUACUCUUUUUUUCCGUUCCUCGAUUUACUCCGCCCGAAUAUAUAAAUAAUAAUACCCGUGUGUGUGCAGUUCAUUUUCUCGGCGAAAAAGCGAGAUAGAGUGUGUAAUGAGUGUAUGUUGCCGAAAAUUGCCGAAAGUUGAAAUUAAUAAAAUACAUAAUAACUUCAGCCAAUAUAUGUGAUUAUACGCACUCAUACUCACAACUAUUUUGUGUUUGUGUGGCGUGCUUUGCAAACGCAUCAGAGAAAUUGUAUUUUUCUAAAGAGCGUGUGAUGGUGAACGAGCUACAUCACAUAACCCGAUCACAAAAUAGUAAUUAGAAAGAAGAAGAAGAAGAAAACAGACAAAAAUUGAUUGGAUUUUAUUUGCGAUUUUCGCGUUGUUCGGCCAAUUGGAUCGACGGUUUGAAGUGAUCAUGAUUCCCAGAAGACGAGAAGAAACACACGCACUCAUACACAUUCGCGUGACCGUGUUGAAUAAAACAUAAAUGUCAAAAAAUAUACAUGUUUGUUAUCGGCACUGAUUAGAUUAACGUUGAUUUUUCCACUUCGGUGCGUGAUUUACUCGCUGACAGCUUGAUCAGCGUAACGACAUGUAUUUAUACCGAUGGUAAAACUGACUCUUGUACCCAAAUAGUGUGUUUUAUAAAUAGAAAUCAUUUUCCAACAGAUUUUCGCUUUAUUUUUCUAGUUUUGAACCACAUGUUGGUGCUUCUAGAAAUAGCGGAUACUUGCAAGUGAAGUGUCAAUUGGAAAUCGUUUGAUGAUUAGUAUCAAAAGCAGAAAAUACAGAAAACUCAACGAAACUCGCCAAAUAAGAAUAGAACCUGUUAAAAGAAAUCAUCGUCUCAACUGCCGUUGCCGUCGCCACCUCCGCCGCUGUCGUUUUCGUCGUCGUCUGCAAGACAGUGAAUAAAGUCGAGUAAAAACAAAGAAUCGCAAAGAAUUCGCAACGAAAAGUGAAAUUGUGUUUGUGAAUCGGAAUGGAGUGAGUGGACGAAUCGAGUGAGUGAAUAAAUAGAAUAACGCGCUGACAGCACUUUAAAUCGAAAUAUGUGUUAUCUGUACGGCCUGAACUGGCAUACAUUUGUACGCGUGUAUCAUAACGCAUUCACCUUCUAUCAGCCAUACGACGGCUCCGGCUCCGGCUGAUCAUCAGUGUCUCAGUACGUACAAGGCAACCGACACACAAUCAUUCCCUUUCAAUCGUCUCUCUUCGGCUCUGCUCUGCUAUGUGUGCUACGCUAUGACUACGAUUUAGUCUGCCUGGGAGAAUCAGUGAGUGCACAACCGUGUGUCGUUGUAUGUGUGCGUCUCCAUCCGUUGUGUUUCGUUGGUUGACAAAAACAGCUGUUUUGUGAUAUUGUGAGUGAAGCAAAGAAGCGAAGACGAAGAGGAAACGCAGAGAAUAACAAACAUUGACUAAACUGUUGCGCGUAGUACACACAACGUUCCGAAAGGCACUUUGAGCAAAGGCAAUAGGCUUAAACACAAAACAUAGCGAGGUGCACGCAACGUGCGCAUACUUAUCCUCUCGACACGGAGGCACGUUGGCCUGUAAUACCAUAAGUGAGCCCAUGACCACUAUAUAGUUCCACGAGUGUUUUCAUUUGCCACCCAACGGGAACUCAACGAUAAAAUUUACCAUAUCUAAAACAAAAACUUGCAAGAAAAAAACACAGAGCAGAACAGUGAACUGGGCUUAAAAACGAGAGUGUAUUUAAAAAAUAUCAACCCAUUGAAAAACUACCACCGCGUGGUCUUAUAUUCAAUAGCUAGUGACUCAGCGCAUUUGACAAAGAAAAAAGAAACCGUCCCGUUGUCACACUGUUCAAAAAUUCGUUCAUCAUCAUUAAAACGAAAUUUUGUUGUUAUUUUAUUCAUAUGCGUGAAAAUUCAUUUUUCAAUUGGACGAUUAUGAAUUAGUGGUUUUCCAUAAAUACAGUUACACAUACACACACACACACACACACACACACGAGGAACGCUGAAAUAAACGCAGUUACUAACCGCAGUAUUAAAAAAUAUAAUAGGAACAUACGCUAAAGAUAAAAACGACAGAGAGACGAACAAAUCGAGAUACAUAAAGAGAAAAUUUGUCGUGCGCGCGUGGUGAAUAAAUUUCAUACAUUGUUGACUGUAUUCGAUUGCGAUACCGAUCACUUGAGUACAAAACGGACUGUGUGUGUGAGCACCGAAAACUGCCCACAAUAUCGCCGCGUGAACGUGCUGCAUAAAAUUAAAGGAUCACCCCUACCAGCAAUCAUCAUCGCCGCCCAUCCACGCACACACACAUUUCAUGCUCUGAUGAUCGUGUUUGCGUUUUUUUUAAAAACAUAAUUAACAUAAUUUCGUUCGGUUUUGUAAUUUUUCUAUAAGAACAAUAACUCUUGAUCGCAUCGAGUAAAAGCAAACCAAUUGCAUUCGAGCAAAAAAAAAAAAUCCGCGAAAAUUCGUUGUUUAUUGUGAACGAAGCAGAAACAAAAAGCCCAUCCACAAUGGAUCUGAUGUGCAAUGAAAAGGAAAUGUUCAAAGAUCACCAUCAUCAAAUCGACAAUCACAUGCAACAAAUGAUGCACAUUGAACAACAACAACAACAACAAGUCAACACCGCUUCUGCUGAUCCAACCUUCUUGUCCGAGCGUUGCCUGGAGAAUUUACUGAAAUCCGAAGAAACACAUCCAGUGAUCAACUUCUACAACAAUCCACAAUGCGAAAUCACGCCCAAAAUGAGACGCAUCGUUGCUGAAUGGAUGAUGGAGGUUUGUGAAGAGAACAAAUGUCAGGAAGAAGUGUUCAUAUUGGCGUUGAAUUAUAUGGAUCGAUUUUUGGCAUUGACACCCGUACCACGGACACAACUACAAAUUCUAGCUGCCGCCUGCCUAUUGCUCGCAUCCAAACUACGUGAGCCAAGCGUUCGCGGAUUGCCAGCCGACCUCUUAGUAUUUUACACAGAUAACAGUAUCACAAGAAGAGACUUAAUUCAAUGGGAAUUGAUUGUGUUAAACAAGUUGAAAUGGAAUAUAUCAUCAGUGACUCCAUUGGAUUUCCUAGAGCAUUUAUUAGUACGUUUACCCAUCAAUAAGCAACACACAGACGUCAGCAAAAUCAAAAAGCACGCUCAGGCCUUCAUCUCAUUGGCAGCCAGAGAACACAAUUUCUCGAUAUAUUCAGCAAGUACGACGGCAGCAUCGAGUAUAGCAGCAUCUCUGUAUGGCAUGGACUGGCACAUAAAAUCCGGCAUUUCGAUCAGUUCAUUGCUUGAUUUGCUCAAGGAUCUGACGGGAGUAGAAAAGGAGUACCUAGAAACGUGUAUGAAUAAAUUGGAAAAUUUGUUCGAGCAACACCAGCGAUUGUUCUAUUCAGUGAAUAUCACCGCUCAGAAUAUGCCACAAAAUAAUAACAAUAGCACCAUCAACAACAACAACAAUUAUAGUCCAGGAAAUGUCAGUAUAACGGCCACAACCAAUAGCACAACAACAACCACCAGCACAAUCAAUUGCAAUGCCACAGAGAAUAGCGCCAGCAAUACGAAUAGUCUGGAAAUGACACCGACCAAACAACCAAAUAUCGAGAUUGCCUCGAAAUCACAGUCAGGUACCCCAACGGAUGUUCAAGAUGUCACGUUUUAGUCACUCCAAACACCGAAGAAUCCCCCAUAAAUAAUCCCUAGCUUAAAUCCUUUUAAAUAUAAGUAAUUUCAUUUUCUUUCCCUCUCACACACAUUCAUUUUUUUUUCUUUUCGUCGAAGAAAAUAAACCGAACAUUGUAAAUAAUUUGCAAGUUUCAUAGAAAUGAUAUUAGAAAAAGAAUGGGCAAUUGCCAAAAAAAAAAACCCACAUUAAAUGUACGCUAAAGUAAUGUACAUUGUUAUACACACGGUUGCGACCUCGGCUCUGGAGUCGUGAAUUCGCCCGAUUGUUUUUUUUUUACAAUUACCGCGUUUUAGUCAAAUUAAUGAUUAAUUUAAACCAAUUCAUCCGAAAAAAACAAAAAUGUUUGGCUGGUGUCCAUGCGCCCAAAAUGAAUUCCAAUUUGAAUGAGAAUAAACGAUUACAUGCAAUUUUGUAUAAAUCAUUUCAAGCGAAUGCAAACAAGAACCAGUGAAAAUAAAAAUGAAGAAAAAAAAUUAUAACAAAACAGCAAAAAAACAAAAGAGCACAAGUAAGCAACAUUAAAAUGCCACACGAGAUAGCACACGAUCGUUGCAUAAAUUACACGCUCAACCGACAAUUCAUUCAACAUAACGAGACUGAGAGGGAGAGAUACUAGAUCGUACAACAGUUCAUACAACGCAUAUGAAUUAAGCUAACGACCAUUCUUACGAUCAGUUAAAUCCCGAUGGUUUUUAUUUUGUUGAUGAUGUGAGUCAAGUGAGGCGAACGUUGUAUUGUUUCCCAUUUUAAUAAAAAGCACAUUUAUUCAUUUAAUUAAUGGGUUAGACAUCAAUUUACCAAAACAUUGUACAUACGCCUGUCAAUAGGUCUAACCAAUUCCAUUGGUCAUAUUAUUCAUUCAUUCAUGCAUUGAAAGUGAAGAGCAACUGCUGACAGAAGUGCGCUCGCUGCGCGAUUAUUUUCACAUUUUCUCUUUUUCCUCGACGGUUUUUUUUUCUUCACUUUUGAUGAUACUUCAUCAAGGCAUUUUUUUCAUUUAUUUUCCAAUAUUCAAACUAUCCGAUUUUUCCCUUUUCUAUCAUAUACUCUUUCUUUUCCUAGUUUAAAUGUAUAUUAAUUCAAUGAAAAUAUGAAAGAAAAAUAGGGGAAAAACACACGUACGGCACUUUAACAUUAACAAUUUUAAAUAACACGAAUCGAAUGAUUCUUGUUCAAAAAGUUUUCAGUCACCAUUCAUGGUUUUGAUGAUAAAAAAUAAACCGAUUGAAUGUGGCACAGACAAACUUUUGAGGGGAAAAGCAAUUAAAGUAUUUUAUCAGUGUUAUUAUGUAAAAAAGAAGAAGAAAAAUUUGAGAAGGAUAUUUGAAGAGAUUGCGUACAUUCAUAUAUGGACAUUUGGCUCUUUCUUUAAAGACUUUAUUCGUCACGUUUUGGACAUACACACACAAAAGCCUUGUAAUCGACAAUUUUUUUUUUUUGCAAAUGACAUUCUAAAUUCAAAAUUAUCAACAACAAAACAAACGUAGUCAAUUUUUUUUCGAACACGAAAAUUCUAAAGCAAUUUUUUAGUUCAAUUUUUUUCUCCUUUUUUCGGUAGUGUUUUUGGUGUUAAUUUUUGGCAUACUUUAUUUAUUAUUAUUAUUUUUUUUUUGGUUUUUUCUUGACUAAAUUUUUUUUGUUUUAUUUCGCGGUGUGUUUUAUUUUCUAAUGAAGUUGAAACGAAAUACGUAGCAAAAAAAACUUUAAAGAAAUGAGUUGAAUUAUUUUAUGUUUUAGAAAAAAUGAAGGAAAACACAGAAAAUUUAACAAAAAAAAAAACGAUUUUUUUCGAAUCAAUAUUAAAAAUGAUUGAUGAUUAAACCAAAAAACGCUUAACUUUCAGUAGCUUUAGUGCAGAAAGAAAAAAGGAAACAUAUUCAUUGGUUUUAAGUGAAGUUUAUUCAUAUAUAUAUGACUCUUUUCCGUUAGACCAUACAUGUUAUAUAUAUACACACACAAUGAACUGUUUAUGUAUUUGAAACACAACGGAAUGGACACACAACUACAUGUAUGUUAAGAAAAGAACAUAAUUUAGCACUGGAAAUGCUCUAUGAGCAGUAAAAUUUAAUAUUUAUAUUGAAAUUCUAUAUUUUUAAGUUUAGAUGAGAGAAAACAGAGAAAAAAGUGUUUGAAAAAAAAAACAACACUUUACUAAUUCUGAUUUUGGCUGCCAUUAGGCAUAAAUCAGUUUAAGAGGACGUUUUUCAUAAUUUUAAUCUUAUUUUUGUUCUAAAAUAUCCAAAACCGUUUACAUUCGAACUACCAACAACAAACAUGACAAUAGCAAAACAAACCAACCAUAGACACAUCAUACCAAGCAAAAACAAUCAAUAACAGACUGCAAAACAAAUUUACAAUAAAUCGAAAACCAUAUAACACUGCA